AUGGUCAAAAGGGAUUCACGCGAUAGAGAAAUUUCAUUGAGGGGAACUCCCGGUGAUGGCCCACGAAACUCUGAUUCAUUUUUUAAUAAUGAUAACUUACUACUAGGAAGCUACGGAUUUACAGUAACGGGCCGUAUAUUCAUUAUAAUACUAGUUCAUGGAAUCAAAUUUCAUGCGACGCUCAAGUUUUUAAUACAAAAUGUAAGCGUAAUAAAAGACGAUAAAGCCCUAGUGCAGGAUGGGAGGAAUUACGGUGUCCAUGAAAAUGGCUUUGAGAAGCUGAGGGAUAAUAUAAGAAAGUUUGACCACUUUGUGUAUUCUGUAAUGCAAUAUAUUAAGGACACUCAAAAUAGCUGA